UGCCCUCUCACCGUUCAUUCUCACCGUUCAUUCUCACCGUUUAUUUCCACGGUUCUUCCACCGAUUUAACCGGCGUGCAUUUCGGCCGAGCAUUUGUGCGGGGUACAUUAGUUGCUAAAUUGAGUUCUUCAGCUUUCCAUGAUUCGGACGAUGUUUAUGUGAAGGGUUGAAUGGUACUCCGAAAUUACUGCGCGGGGAAUCGGUCGUUUUCGGAUGAAUUGAAGGUGGCGGGAGAUGUGUAGAUAUAAAGGCUGAGGAAGUUCUCGUCAUGCCUCAGCUAUACUACUUGACUUGUAUUACUAUUUAGUUUGUGAUUAAAGACAACACGCAAGAUGAAGAUUUCUACUUAUUCGGUCUCUUUAUUUAUGGGAUAUGGGGCGGCAACUGCUGUACCCAAUCCAUCGGAAGCAGAUUUGACAUCACGAGCAAGUAAGAAUGGCUGGAUUCCGCAUUUCGAGAACUUGGUAGCUUUUGGAGAUAGGUAAGACGACAGUAGUCUACUCUGCAAAUAUCCUCUACAUUGUAGGGCUAUCAUUUGAGAAGAAUGCUAACAUGAAUUCAAACAAUAGCUAUACAGACGAGUCUCGAUUGAGCUAUUUCCAAAGUCAUAAUGGUUCCGCACCACCACCCGGGACACUUCUUCCCACAAGCAACUUGACUGCUGUUGGAGGUAUUGUAUGGGAUAGAAGGGUGUCCGAAUACAGUGGGGCUAAGCUUUAUGAUUAUGCUGUCGCCGGAGCGGUCUGCUCUAACAAGUUGAUGUACCGAUACCUAGCGAGCAUCGAUGGGCCUUUCCCCGAUGUUGUCUACGAAGUUGAUGCUUUCGUCGCGGAUAUCAAGUACGUCAAUUCAUCCACAAAUACCAACACUCUUUACACCAACCGCAAAUCGGAUAACACGGUAUACUCAAUGUGGAUCGGUACCAACGAUCUGGGAAGAAACGGCUUUAUUACAGACUCUUCUAUAAACGGGACAACUAUUCCAGACUAUGUCGAUUGCAUUUUUGAUAGGUUUGAUGAAAUUUAUCAAGCCGGAGCUAGAUAUUUUGUGUUGAUGAACAACGCACCAUUGCAAUUGACCCCAUUGUAUGGCAUGCCAAAUGCAGGAGGAUUGAAUGUUAGUUCUUACUGGCCCAACAAAGUAAGUGUCUCAAGUCUUCUCAUACGGCCUCUCAACUUACGCGAAAUCUAGCCAAGCAACAUAUCAGAAGUCAGCGGAAAAAUGAAGGAAUAUACCAAAUUAGCCAAUGAUAUAUUUGACUACCGGGUACCAUUCGAGUUGAAAAUCCGCAAACGUUAUCCAGGAGCAUCAAUCGCCAUCUUCAAUACCAAUGCCUUGUUUACCGACAUUUACAAUAAUCCAACACAGUACUUGCCGGCACCAGCCAUUGUCGACGUAUCAUAUAUUCUCUGCGAUGUUUCUGGAUCGCCUUGUCCCCAAAAGACAGGAGAUCGAGAUGGCUACAUGUGGUACGAUGAAUUACACCCAUCCCCAGGAACAAGUCAGGCUGUUGCGAAAGAGUUCUUGAAUGUUGUCAAAGGAACUUCAAAGUACGCUACAUAUUGGUAAUUGAUAGCUGUCGGUCUGUUGAAACGAUUAGUAGGAGUUAUUAUUAAUACUCAGGCUUUGUUUUUGAUUGACGGCCCGGGGGUGGUUGCAAAGGGGAGCUCCGCAAAAUAUCUUUCUACAUUAAAAAAAAAUCUCUUUAAAAAUUUAAAAUAAACUAUUUAAUAAUUGUAUAUACUUUUCAAUUUGAAAGAAUUUUUUUAAAUAACUUUA